AUGCCGCAAGCAGGACACGAAGCAAGAGACGCAGCAAGCAAGUUAGCAAGCAAACCAUUGAAGCAAAGCCCCCUAUGGAAGGUAGACAGCAAGCAAGAAGUCACUGUUCCAUCCCUCACUGUCACUGUCCCAUCUACCAGAGUCAUUGUAGCAGUCCCCGACAGUCACAGCCCAAUCUACUGCAUUCACUGUCCCAUCUACCACACUUGUAGUGACAGUCAUGCAGCACUUGUAGGGCUGUUAACACUAGCGCAGACUGGCCUCCCAGGGCUGCUAACACUAGCGCAGACUGGCCUCCCAGGGCUGCUAACACUAGCGCAGACUGGCCUCCCAGGGCUGCUAACACUAGCGCAGACUGGCCUCCCAGGGCUGCUAACACUAGCGCAGACUGGCCUCCCAGGGCUGCUAACACUAGCGCAGACUGGCCUCCCAGGGCUGCUAACACUAGCGCAGACUGGCCUCCCAGGGCUGCUAACACUAGCGCAGACUGGCCUCCCAGGAGCUGGUAACACUAGCGCAGACUGGCCUCCCAGGGCUGCUAACACUAGCGCAGACUACCUGGCCUCCCAGGAGCUGCUAACACUAGCGCAGACUGGCCUCCCAGGGCUGCUAACACUAGCGCAGACUGGCCUCCCAGGGCUGCUAACACUAGCGCAGACAGACGUCCUUGUGAGCUCAUUCCUCACCUCUGCUAAGAGAACUCCUAGGACCACUGUGGCUAUGAUUCCACCUAGGAUCUCUGAAGCUAUGAUUCCUCCUAGGAUCUCUGUGGCUAUGAUUCCACCUAGGAUCUCUGAGGCAAUGAUUCCUCCUAGGAUCACUGAGGCUAUGUUUCCUCCUAGGAUCUCUGAAGCCGAGUCCUGCUACGCCAUCUGGGGCUAG